UAAAGCGUAAUCAUAGGCGGGGCUAUCAGCUGUGAGGAAGUUGAUUCUCGGUAAAGUGGAUGCGGGCAGUGUACGUUGUACUUUACGAUGGCUAUGUUGGUGUUACACAGUGUUAUCCACAUGUAGCAAGGUGUACAACGAAAUGGAGCUUACUUGGGAUACGCCACCAAAAAAUGGCACAGACAUAUUUUUUUCACGUGAAAGUUAUGAGAAAUACUCUCUGGCUCCAACUCUUUCAGAGCUAUGGCAUCAUCUAAACAGGGAAGGGGCACAGUCAGUAGAACAAUUCUCUACCUAUCAGGCUACAUCUGCAGAAGUGCCUGAAAGUAAACCUGUUUCUAAAAGUCUUUGUCUUCCUGAACCCAGAGUACCUUUUCCUCGACUUUCCAGUUUAUCGGAGAAAGAGCAGAGAAUUUAUUUGACAUUAAUGAGAAAAUGUAAGGAGCAACCAAAGAGAAAGUCAAAGUUAUUUCUCAAUGAUCUUGAAGUUUAUUUGGAGAUGAAAAAUAUUGUGACUCGGGAGAAUGCAGAAUUUAUGAAGUAUCUUCAGAAUGCUGCCAAGAUGUGUGCUGAGGAUUAUAAUAUGAUAACAGAUGAUGCAAUCCAUUACACAAAGGGAACUGUUGCAUUUGCCAAGAUACAUGCUCCGCCUUUGCCUUCACAUUUGGAAUUGACUAAAGACUACAGUCGUCUUCUAGCUUUAUAUCCACCAGAAAAAAUGGCUCUAAAGUCACAGCCGGAAAUUAGCUCAGACUCCAAUAUUGAGAAGCUGGCUGUAAAGUAUAAUCCUCAUGUAGCCUUGACUAGUCAAGCCUUAGUCACACUACUGAAUAACCUUGGACCAAACUAUAGUGAAGGCUGGACAAUUCCCAUCACUGUAAAGGUUGUCCCCACUCAUGGAGACAAGUUGAAGAAGGUCAUUUGUAUUGACUCUCCAUUUCUGAAAAAGGAAAUGACUAUUAGAGAGAAGUUUCAAAUUUUUCAUGAAGCUGCUUUGGACUUUUUUCUAGCACGACCCAGAUACCUAAGGAAGCCAAUCUCUAAAGUGUUGUUAGAAAAACUAGAGAUUACAGAUUACAGAAAAGUACCUCAGGAUUGCAGUGGAAGAGAGUACCUGCAAAAGAUGUUACCUGAAAGCUGUCCUCCUCCUCCAAGGACAAAUGAGAGAAGAGGAGACUUGGACAUAGAUUUUGAAAAUGACCUUAUAGAACUGGAAACCUUUGGAGAGGCAUCAAGUGACAAAAAGUCAAAACGAACGUCUGCUAAAACCAACAAGCAGGCAGUUUCUCAAACAUUACCUGGACAAGUGGGUUCUAAUAACAGCAUUAGGAGUGAGACUGCUAGGAGUGAAACUGCUGAGAUCAGCUGUCAGCCUAAGACUUUAUCUGCUAUGUUACAGAAGGAGAAGCAACUAAACAGCACAAGUGAGGUCUCUUCUAAAGAAAGUGUUGGAUCUAUAGAAAAAGCAGAAUUCUCCAAAGGAUCUUUUGUUAGUGCCGAAAUUAAACCUGUAGGAAAUACAGAUAAGUCUUUGACUGAGUCAGAUGAUGCUUCAGUGGUAAAACCUAUGGAAUCUGUUGAAUGUGAUCAAGUAGCAGGUAAUAGUGCAUUUGUUAAGCCCCCCCAUGAGGACAGAGAAGGUGAUAAAAGUGACCAGCAUAUGACAAAUUCCAGUGAUGCUAAAGCAACAUCCACAUUGUCUGACAGUAAGUCUGUAAUUGACAAGGCACCAAGUACCUGCCACAGCGAUUCUGAAGAUGAGCAGUUGGUGAUAGAUGUGAACUGCUUUGAUACAAGUAGCAGUGCAGAUGUCUCUAAAAAAAUUACAAGUACUGUUGAACUUCCUUUGAGCACUGAUCUGACAAACACUGCUGUUUCAUCAUUACCAGGCCCUCAAAAUCCAUCAGAAACUCUACAGCUGACACUGCCUGAAUCGAUUCCAGAAAAAAAUACAGCCAAAAGAUCACGCACAAGAGUUUCCAAGGAGUUUGAUCCAGUUGGCCAAAUUCUGAAAAUGCAAAGCCAGCUCUUAAGACGACCCCUAAAAAAGCAAACAGAGCAGCUUCAUUCAGGCAGUGGACCUUCAGAUCAGAGUCUGAGUUCUGUGCAAGCAGUGCAGUCAUCUACCUCUGCUGCUCCUGAGCUCAGAGAGGGUGGUACCCUUGCAAAUAUGAAUAGUGGAGUCCGAAAGUCUGCACAGUUCCCUCAAUGUUCAGAGCCACAAAAAAGCCUGCUUUCUUCUGAGCUUCAGAGCUGCAGAGAGGAUGAGUCACAGUAUGUUGCUCCCCAGGAAAAUGCUGUGUACAAACUUUUCAGCUUAGAUGACCUACUGUUGCUUGUUAGCAGCAGUGUUUACAAAGUACAGACAAGAACACGGGUGGUUAAUACUGACAACAAGUAUGUUCCAGUUUAUAUGUUGCCAAAGUUGGAAUAUCAGGCAUGCCAUGGUGUUGAAGCUCUUACUGACACUGAAAUGUGUCAUCUUUGGACUGAAUCCAUUAUAAAUUCAUCAACAAAAUUUUAUAUUGGGCACAUCGAUGCUUUUACGUCUGAUCUAAUUAUGUUAGAGCAGGAAUCAGGAGAAGAAAUAACAACAAGCUUUGGAACAUUCAAGCCCACAAGUUCCCUGAAUGUUCUUCAUAAUCUUUUGAAGAAGGUGUCAGAUUUACAGGAGGGCUUCUAUUUGUUAAACCAUACUGCAGGUGAUUCUUCUGUGACCAUCUUUAAGAGUACUGAAGGGGUGCAGUCUGCUAAAGUAACAAUCAGCAGAGCUACUUACAACUUGCAUGAAGCUUACAGUACCUUUCCACAAGUGCCAUCUACCUUGUCUGUGCCCUGGGUGCCUUUAAAUCCUUCCAUAACAUUACCAUAUCAUAUUCAUUUUGGUCGAGUUCCAUGCACUUUUCCACCCCGACCGUCAGAAGGCUCUCCAAAAAAGAAAAAGGUGGGAGUGGCUCGAACAAACCCAGGCGUGCCUAAGCAUGACAGCUCAGUCUCCAUGGAAACCUCUUCUAGUACAUUGCCAGAUCAGUCGAGUGGAAGUGAAGUUGUGUCCCCAGCCAAGAAAAGGAAAACUAAAAGUAAGGGAGCAAAAAGAAAAAGAAGUUGGAAAGCAAAAACGGCAAAAAAGAAGGCUAAGAAAGCUACAGCAGCUAGUAAUAAAUGACUUCAUGUUCCCAUUUUUUUUGGCUCCACUUUGAGAGACAUUUCAAGAGUAAGAAAACUGAUAAUGUUAGUUGGAAGUUCAUAAGGAGAACAGCUGUAGGCUGCAGUAACCAAUAUCCAAAAUCCAUACUCUUGUCUUUUCUUUACUUUACUGUUGUAUUCAUUGCGCUGGGUAAUUUUUCAGUACAUUUCUUAUUUACUUGGGAAAGAGACAGGCAAUGCACAAGUUUAUAUUUAGAAGUAAAAUAAUAAAAUUAAGAACUUUAAUCGGUAUAUUUUUAUUUUUGUUGUUUUAAGUUAGCUGUACUGCUGACUGGAUUAUCAAUAACCUGGAUGCACAUCUGCAGGAUAUUUGUUGAAACAGUUCAAGCCACUAUCUCCCUUCCUUUGCACUAAGUUCAUUCAAAAAUGCUCUUUAAUAUUCUUUAUUGAUUCUUUUACCAGAAAGCCACAAACUGGUUCUGAUUUGGUAGAAAUGGGGAAGGAUUAGGUCCGUAAGAACUGGUUUCAUACAGAAGGAUAUGUGGGAGAACAAAGCCAAAGCCAUGAAUAAGUGGGUGAUAAAUAGAUGGGUGUGUCAGACAAAAUGUGUCAUAAUGGGAGCAAGUGUGACAGGCUCCUAGUAACCUGAGACAGUGGCCCAGAAAUCAGGCUCAGCAGUUGAACUUUGGUAUCUAGGUGGUAUCUUACUCCCUGGGGGCUCCGCAGGUCUAAACUGAAGCCAUCCGUGAGUGUUGGGGAAGUGGACGCAGUAGGGCUGAUGUAUUUUUCAUAUGGUUUGAUUUUGCACAGUACCUAAUUAAGCUAGAGGAGAUUGGUAAGGUUUUUAUACCACUUGAUUGGACAUUGCGGAUGUUUGGUAUGAGACCCACUACCCACUCAUGUUUCUUUCCACACUUGAGAAGUGUAGUGUGUGCUGGCUAGUGGCAUAAAGCCUUUGUGUGCUAGACAAUAGAACGAACAGGGAAACUACCUCCUGACAAUAGGAAGAACUUCUUUCAUUCUCAAAUUAGUAAUACCCUUUCUGUAUUCAAGGGGGCUGGACAGCUUCAUUGUGAUGUUCUUCAUAUUGAUCACUUCUGCAGUAUCCCUAUUGGUAUGGGUUAUAUCCUGCAUAGGAUGCAGCAGCUGACCAGCUUUCAUACCUUCAGGGCACUUUCCACAUGCCCAAACUGUCAAGCAGCUCGAGCUGAACUAACUAAAAGAAAUGUUCCAGUGCCAACCCCUUCAGAGCUUUCAUGCCACCAAGUAGAGCGCUCCUCUGUCUGCUAUCGAGAAUUGAUGGUCAGCUUAUGCUCUUCCAUUGCUGGGCAGAUAAAUUCCCUGUGGGGAAGAACUUUCCAUAUAUUAUUUUUAAUGUUUAAUCUUACUUUCCUUUUUUGAAAAGUACAUUUUAAGCUAGGAAUGUAUUUUUGACUGUUGUGUGAUUUUACUGUACCUUUUGUUUGACAGUUUAAAAGAUAACUUAAACAUUCUAAAACUUUAUGUUCCUAUGGAGAAAUUAUAAUUAAAUUACUUUUUGAGGCUG